AUGGUCCUCGAUUUCUUUGAAGUGGACCCGACUAAGGGCUUAUCUGAUGCUGAGGUGCUCCAAUCUCCUUUCAUUUCCUUGUCGUAUCGACUUUAUGGGAAUAACGUGCUGCCUGAAGAUCAAAGAGCUCCAUUUUGGAAAUUGGUUUUGAAGCAAUUUGAUGAUUUGCUUGUAAAGAUACUGAUUGCAGCUGCUCUUAUAUCUUUUAUUCUGGCUUUAGUUAAUGGAGAAACAGGCUUGAUGGCAUUUCUGGAGCCUUCCGUUAUUCUGAUGAUAUUGGCAGCAAAUGCAGCAGUCGGAGUUAUUACAGAAUCAAAUGCUGAAAAGGCUCUAGAGGAGCUGCGUGCCUAUCAAGCUGAUGUAGCUACUGUCUUGCGCAAUGGUUGUUUUUCCAUACUUCCUGCUACUGAACUUGUUCCUGGGGAUAUUGUGGAAGUUUCCGUGGGGUGCAAAAUUCCUGCUGAUAUGAGGAUGAUUGAGUUGCUAAGUAAUCAAGUGCGUGUAGAUCAAGCUAUUCUUACAGGUGAGAGCAACUCCGUGGAGAAAGAGCUCAAAACAACCACAACAACUAAUGCUGUGUACCAAGACAAAACAAAUAUUCUGUUCUCGGGUACGGUUAUGGUUGCUGGUAGGGCAAGAGCUGUUGUGGUGGGAGUUGGUCCAAACACAGCCAUGGGAAGCAUAAGAGAUUCAAUGUUGCGAACAGAGGAUGAGGCAACACCAUUGAAAAAGAAGCUGGACGAGUUUGGUACCUUUUUGGCCAAGGUUAUAGCAGGGAUUUGUGUCUUGGUGUGGAUUGUAAAUAUUGGUCACUUCCGUGACCCUUCUCAUGGUGGUUUCUUACAAGGUGCAAUUCAUUAUUUUAAGAUUGCAGUUGCUCUGGCAGUUGCAGCAAUUCCAGAAGGGCUCCCUGCAGUUGUGACAACGUGUUUAGCUCUUGGAACAAAGCGCAUGGCUAAGUUGAAUGCCAUUGUUCGCUCCUUACCAUCGGUCGAGACGUUGGGCUGCACCACUGUUAUUUGCAGUGACAAAACUGGGACCUUAACUACCAAUAUGAUGUCAGUUGCAAAAGUGUGUGUUGUUGAAUCUGCAAAUCGUGGUCCUAUUGUUUCUGAAUACAGUGUCAGUGGAACAACAUAUGCACCUGAAGGCAUCAUAUUCGACAGUACAGGAUUGCAGCUUGACUUUCCUGCUCAAUUGCCUUGUCUUCUUCACAUAGCAAUGUGUUCUGCUCUCUGCAAUGAAUCAACCCUGCAGUAUAAUCCUGAUAAAGGGAAUUAUGAAAAAAUUGGUGAGUCAACUGAAGUGGCACUACGUGUCUUGACAGAAAAGGUUGGUCUCCCUGGCUACAAUUCUAUGCCAUCAGCCUUGAAUAUGUUGACUAAGCAUGACCGUGCUUCAUACUGUAACCAUUAUUGGGAGGAACAAUUUAGAAAGAUACAAGUUUUGGAAUUUUCUCGAGAUCGGAAAAUGAUGAGUGUGCUUUGCAGCCGAAACCAGAUGCAUGUUUUGUUCUCAAAAGGUGCCCCGGAAAGUAUAGUAUCUAGAUGUACAACCAUUCUGUGCAACGAUGAUGGUUCCAUUGUGCCUCUUUCCGCUGAUGUUCGAGCAGAGCUGGACACAAGGUUUCACAGUUUUGCAGAAAAAGAAACAUUAAGAUGCCUUGCUUUGGCCCUUAAAUGGAUGCCCUCAGGUCAACAGUCAUUGUCCUCUGAUGAUGAGAAGAAUCUUACAUUUAUUGGGUUGGUUGGGAUACUGGAUCCUCCGAGAGAUGAAGUAAGAAAUGCAAUGCUUUCGUGUAUGACUGCUGGUAUACGCGUCAUAGUUGUCACUGGUGAUAACAAGUCCACUGCUGAGUCACUUUGCCGCAAGAUAGGUGCUUUUGACCAAUUGAUAGAUUUUGCUGAACAUUCUUACACGGCUUCUGAGUUUGAAGAACUUCCACCACUGCAACAAACUAUAGCAUUGCAACGUAUGGCACUUUUCACUAGGGUUGAGCCUUCUCAUAAAAGAAUGCUGGUUGAGGCAUUACAGCACCAGAAUGAAGUGGUCACUUUAAUCCCAUUGACAAGAGUAGCACAACCAAAUCACUGCUUGAGGCUUGAUCUGGUGCCAGAAACACACUGCAUGAGGCUGGAACAGGUCAGAGCCAGGCUAGGAAAUCACUGGCCUGGGAGGAAAUUGAAACGAAAUGAUAAGAAAAGGCAUGUGAAAUGUUUCCAGUGGAGGGAUGGAAGUGAAGUGCUGACCGAGGAGCGUAUGGAGGGAGAGGAGGACAUCAAUGCUUCUAAUACAAAAAGGAUGGGAAAUCACAGUAAUAUCGAUAGAAUAGUGGGUGAGAUAACGCAAGGAAAAACUUACCGAAACAAACCCAUUCGUUGUAUUGGAUUGUCUGCGUUGGUUGCAAUGACGGGUGAUGGAGUUAAUGAUGCACCUGCACUGAAGAAGGCAGAUAUAGGAAUUGCUAUGGGUUCAGGAACAGCUGUGGCUAAGAGUGCUUCAGACAUGGUUCUGGCCGAUGACAACUUUGCCUCUAUUGUUGCGGCUGUGGCAGAGGGAAGGGCUAUAUACAAUAAUACAAAACAAUUUAUUCGCUACAUGAUUUCUUCCAAUAUUGGCGAAGUAGUCUGUAUAUUUGUGGCUGCAGUGCUUGGAAUACCGGACACCCUUGCCCCUAGUGUCUUUUCAGUGGUCCAGUUGCUUUGGGUCAAUUUGGUUACUGACGGAUUGCCUGCCACUGCUAUUGGCUUCAAUAAACAAGAUUCUGAUGUUAUGAGGGUUAAGCCUAGAAAGACAAAGGAAUUAACCUCAAGGGAGCAUUUAAUUUCCAAAUUGGCUUAUUUAAAGGGAGAUAUUCAUUAUUGUGAUGAAGUGAAUGAAGCCGUUGUAACAGGUUGGCUCUUCUUUCGCUAUUUAGUAAUAGGAGCUUAUGUUGGCCUUGCUACUGUUGCUGGUUUUAUUUGGUGGUUUGUUUAUUCUGAUAGUGGCCCUAAACUUCCAUACACAGAACUGAUGAACUUUGAUACUUGCCCAACCAGGGAGACAACUUAUCCAUGCAGUAUAUUUGAUGAUCGACAUCCAUCUACUGUAUCAAUGACUGUGCUUGUCGUAGUUGAGAUGUUCAAUGCUUUGAACAAUCUUAGUGAAAACCAAUCUCUUCUAGUUAUCCCUCCAUGGAGUAACAUGUGGCUUGUUGCUUCUAUAAUUCUAACCAUGCUUCUUCACAUACUAAUCUUAUAUGUUCACCCACUAUCGGUUCUUUUCUCUGUAACACCAUUAUCAUGGGCUGACUGGAUAGUCGUCCUCUAUCUUUCAUUACCUGUUAUAGUCAUUGAUGAAGUGUUGAAAUUCUUCUCCAGAAAUCCCAUUGGUUUGAGAUUCAGGUUAUGGUUCAGGAGGUCUGAUUUACUUCCAAAAAAAGAAUUACAUGACAAGUAA